AUGCGAACUUCGCUCAAGUGUCUAGUGUUCUAUCUGAUUGUUGGCGUAAUUACACUCAAUCUUUAUUUUCUCGGUCAACUCUAUUUCCAACAUCAAAGUAAUCCCGAAAACGAACAAUCUAAGCAUCAGCAUCAGCAUCGACAUUCAAAUGAUUUUUUUGAUAACAAUAAUAAAAAACAAGAUGAUGUAGCCGAUAAACCAUCAUUUCAUCUAAAAAAUAGUAAUGAAUUUCUUGUGUUGGAUUGGACAGGUCAUCAACAUAUAUUUCGAGAACAAGAUCCCAUUAAAUGUGAUUUUUCUCAUAUAACACGUGAGCAAUGUGUGGCAAAAUUCGAAUCAGUAACAAAUGAUGGUCUUCGUUCACAUCUCAUUGAACGAUGUGUUCGUUUAUUAACAUUAACGGUUCGAUGGACCGAUGAUCAAUCACGUUUAAAAGAAGCUGAUCUUAUAUCCUAUCAUUCUAUUCAUAUGCCAUCAUAUAAUUUACCAAAAUUAGAACGUAAUGAUAAACGACAACAAUACUCAACUGUUUAUGUACUUGAAAGUGAAGUACAUUCAUCUGGUGGACGUGAUUGGCAUGAGAUUGAUUUUCCAAUGUGGUAUAAUUUAGAACGUUCAUAUCCCGAACCAGCUACUUACUUCGAUAUAAAAUCAUAUCUUGAUAAAUUAUUUGCACCUGUUCGAAUACCAUUUUCAAAAAAAAUGACAUCUGCUCCAAUUAUAUGGAUCAUAUCAAAUUGUAAUGCUUAUAAUGGUCGUCAAACGUUAGUUCAACAAUUAAUGACAUACAUUCGUAUUGAUUCAUACGGUGGUUGUCUUAAUAAUGGUCAUUCAGCCCAAGCACAAGCACGCGCACAAUCAAAUUCCGAAUUAUAUGCAUCAUAUAAAUUUGUUAUAUCGAUCGAAAAUUCUAAUUGCGAAGAUUAUGUUACAGAAAAAUUAAUUGAUGGAUUAUCAUCAACAGCUGUACCUAUUGUUGCUAGUCGAGAUGGAAAACCUAAUUAUAAACGUUUUGCACCGAAUUAUUCAUAUAUUAAUGUAUAUGAUUUUAAAACAGUUAAAGAAUUAGCUGAUUAUUUAAACUAUUUAUCCAAUAAUGAAACAGCUUAUAAUGAAUAUCUAUGGUUUCGACGAUUACCAGCGAAUAAAUAUGCGGAGUCGGGUGUAACGGAACGAUCCUUACAGGACAAUCUUCGUUUAGCUGAUGAAAUCUUAGGUGUAAAUGCUACAAUGCGUCAAUGGUUAUUAACUAAAGAAGCUAGUAUUAAUAAAUAUUGCAAGUUAACAAAAUUUAUUCAUAUGACUUAUUGGAAAUUGAUCUAUAAGAGAAAGAAAUAUAAUCGACCUACUCCAAAUGACGUUUGUUUGCCUUCCAGUGAUAUAGCUACAUAUUUUGCUAAUUCGUCUACCACUAUUGCUGCUGCUGCUGAUUAA